AUGCCCCCACCCGCCCCCCACACCCUCCUCCUCGGCCUCUCCGGCCCCUCCUCCUCCGGCAAAACAACCCUAGCCCGCCUCCUCCGCGACAUCCUCAACUCCGCCUCUCCGUCCAGCACCUCUAGCACCUCCUACCCGCCAGCCUUCAUCCUCCACCUCGACGACUUCUAUAAGACCGACUCCCAGAUCCCGCUCACGCCUGCCGGCAUCCAAGACUGGGACUGUCUCGACUCCCUAGAUUUACCGAGCUUUCUGUCCGCGCUGCGAUACAUCAAGGCGCAUGGUGCGCCUCCGCCCGACCUCGUGAGCAUCCAGGACGGCAACGCCGUCGGCCCGUCUGGCGUCGCUGAUGCGGUGGUCGAGCGGUUGAAGGCGUCGCUGGGCGAGGGCGGGGGUAUGGAGGCCGUAGGACGCGCGUUGAGGCACGGGACGAGGAUCUGCAUCAUCGACGGCUUCCUGCUGUUUUCUGAGGAGAUGCAGCAGGCAGGCGUGCGGGAGAUGUUUGAUGUGCGGCUCUUCCUGCGCGCGCCCUACGCGGUUGCGAAGAAGCGGCGGGAGGAGCGGCAGGGAUACGUGACCAUUGAGGGCUUCUGGGCCGACCCGCCGGGCUACGUCGAUGAUGUGGUUUGGCCGAAUUACGUCAAGGAUCAUGGAUUCUUGUUUCGGGGCGGGGACGUGGAUGGUGAGUUUGAUGAGGAGGUACUUACGAGGUGCGGGAUUAGGGGCAUGCCCGCGGAGGCGGAGGGGGAUAUGGGGAAGUGUUUGGAGUGGGCGUGGGCGGUUGUGGGGGAGGAGGUUAAGAAGAGGGUGAGCAGUAGUGGAGAUGAAGCUGGGUGA